UUCUAAAUCAAAGGAAUGAAUGAAUACUUAGCAGAGAGUUUCUUGAAUUCUGGUAUUGUUUUAGUUUUAGUGCCUCCUCCCUGUGUCUUCCCAUUUUUUUACCAUGGAAAAGUCUACAAUUCUUGCACUGAAAAUGCAAGCAAGAACCACCCAUGGUGUGCCACAACUGCAAACUACGAUCACUCCAAGCAAUGGAAGUAUUAUGUAUCUAAAGAAUAUGGUGGUAAUUCUGGUGGAAAACAAUGUGCAUUCCCCUUUACAUACAAGAAACGAACGUAUUAUAGUUGCACGAAUGAAGAUGCAGAAAUAGGAAGAUUCUGGUGUGCAACAACUGGGAGUUAUGAUAAGGACAAACAAUGGAGCUACUGUGCUGAUACCAGUAAGAUAACUUUUGGGGGUCCUAGGCCUUCAGUCUUUGAUAGGACAAAGAGUAGGAGUUCCAGUGAGUUGAAAUGUUUGGAAUGUUUACUGGAUAAGAUCAAAGUUCAUCUCAAUAUAAAGACUACCUUCUUUUUUAUUUUUAUUUUUCCAAUAUCUACAGAAUAUGAAGGCAACUCUAAAGGCAAGAGCUGUGUUUUUCCAUUCAUCUACAAUGGGAAAACAUUCACUUCUUGCACCAAUCAAAAUUCAGAGGAUGGAAGAUUUUGGUGUUCUGUCACAAGGAACUAUGACAAACACCGGCAAUGGAGUUACUGUGCUGAUACAAGACUGUAAACCAAGAAGGCCUGUUGGACAAUAUGUAUGAUUCCUCAGGUAAGACAGAAAUGGGAAAGGGACGAGAAAAUGCUUGAGAUGCUAAGGUUAGGUGGGGAAAAGAUCUGGCCACACAAGUCUUUUUAGCACAGUAGAAA